AACUUGAUAUCAACCCACAAGCAUUAGCACGUUUUAGGAAAAACCCUGAAUUGAAAUUCGAGACUUUGAUCAUUCUUUCAGAUAAGCAGACUUUCCAUUUUAGAGGUGAUUGAGCAGUUUGAGUUACAGUUUUCUAUUUUUUUCUUACGUAUUUUUCCUUUCGACAGCUAUUAUGCAUUAUUUAAUUGCACACAUUUUCAAAUGCACAUGAACAAGAUCACUCCCUAUAAUUGUUGAACUGAAAGAUUGGUCGGCUAGUAGGUCAUGGUGGGCGGUUUAUUCAGAAACCUAUUUUGCAUUCUUUUUUUCGCCGGUGAGAAUUCUGGCGGUGGUGAAUAGGUUGGGCAGUGGGAACUGAAAAGAGGAAGGGCGUGCAUGUAGAAGAAAGACGAAAGACCAAAGCUUCACUACGAGAAUUCUAGCUAAGUAGCUAUAGGACACCAUUUUUAACACACUGCAGACACCGAAGAACACUAUCGGCGGGCUUUGAAACUCGGACACCGAAGAUCAGCGUCGUUAACCAAAUGUAUUCGAGUGAUGAGUGUUGAGUACAACAAGGUUUUGUAGUGAGGAGGACGCACAGACAGAUGAUUCAAAAUAAAAAGAUGAUUUGAAAUGGACCCAUCAGCUCAGCCUCUCCAGCUCAACCCCUCACGACUACCAUAGAAGAACAGACCCAUCGUACGGCUUGGACCUAGCCACGGUGAUGAGAAGACGAAGGAGGAAACGUUGUCGUUCUUCACAACGUGCCGUUCUUUGAGAUCUUGUCGUGUCGGUCGGAUGGUGAUUUUUGCGGCCUCGAUGGGGGUGGUGACUGGAAACACUUCGUCGAUCGAUGAAAAGAAAAUGGAGACGGAGGGGAUUGCAAAGCAGCUUAGAUUGAACAUGACAGCUCCAAUUGUUCAUACACUUCUUAACCGUAAAAACUAUGAAAGUUGGAGUUCUCGGAUUGAGAGCUACUUGAUGGCCGAAGAUCUUUGGGACGUUGUCGAAGACACCUAUGACUUUGAAAACGAGGCUUUGAGGAAGAAGGAUGUCAAAGCCUUAUAUGCAAUCAAGAAUUCUUGCGGGGAUGAUACGUAUAAACUUAUAAAGGACCUAGACUCGGCCAAAGACGCAUGGGAUACUUUGUCUGAAAAUUUUAAACUUGGAUAUAAUCGAUAUAAUCAAUCAUCAGGUGAAAUAGAUAAGAGGACAAUUCUUCAAGCGUAUCCGACUCCGACUGAUCGUGAUGCUAGGCCAGAGUUGAAAAUGGAAGAAGGGCACACUGGAGGACAUGAUGAGAGCAAUGCCAACAAUAUCCAUGAAACUUUCGUCAAAUAUGUGGAGUCUAAAGAUUGGGAUAAAGCGAUCAAGUUUCUUCGCCAACAUCGCCAGGUACGAAGUGCAAGAAUUUUUUACGGUACGGCCCUUCACUUCGCAGUCAAAAGGUUAAGCAAGUGCAGCGUGCGCAAUAUAGAAGAGUUGGUGGACUUAAUGGAAAAGGAAGACCUGGAAAUACAAGACAGACAUGGUUAUACAGCUUUGUAUCAUUUAGUGAGAGAAUAUCCAGAAAUGGUUGAAGUAGCCAAACGCAUGGUUGCAAAGAACCACAAUUUACUUACAAAUUUACCUGAUGAUGACACCCAGAACCCUCUAGUUAUCCACGCUGAGAGGAAGGAAAAAGGGGAAAGAAUGGCUCGCUAUCUCUAUUCCUUCACUCGUGAAACACUAAGAGUUGUCGAUGGUGCUGAACUUAUUUCUCUCGGUUUUCGUCGCAGAAGAUUUGAUAUUGUGUGGGAUUUGAUUCAACGUUACCCGCAAUUGGCUGUGGCUAAAGACUACAACAUGGACUACAACGGGGAUAUUCCCUUAGCAACAUUGGCCAGUAAUCGUUCAGCAUUUUUAAGUGGAAGCCGGCUCAGUUUAUGGGAAAAUUUGAUCUAUUACGGUAUACGCAUAAAACCUCUUCUUCCCAUUAAGGAAAGUGACCAGAGUGAUCAAAGGCACCUCUCAAACAAAAAAGAGAAUCAAAGGCCUCUGUCAAACCAAAAUGAGAAUCAAUGGCAUCUCAAUUCCUCAGUAAUGGGUUUGUUCCAACGACUAGUGACGAAUCUCCAAAAACUUUUGGGAAUCAAUCAUAUAUAUGAGAUGAAAUUGAUGCAUGAGCGGGUCCAACAGUUUCUACCCCUCAUGUGUAAAGCCACAAAAAAUACAGAUGAAACUAAAGCCUUUAAGGCAGCACUGUGCGUUGCAGCAGAACGAGGGCAUGUGGAGUAUAUUACUCAUUUCUGUAGAAAUGAAUUAAAUGAUGAGUCAUUUCCUAUACCUGUAAGUUACAUUACGAGCAAAAACUAUCAAAGCUUAUUCCAAAUUGCCGCUGAAUGUCGUCGCCACAAAGUUUAUAAUCUUAUAUAUGUCCUUUAUGAGUUGUUACAUGAACAAGAUAACAAUGCUGGCCACGGUCUAAUACAAGACAUAGUAGGGUGGAGAAAUUACUUUGGCAAUAAUAUGCUACACACAGUGGCAAGUAUUACCCCAUUGUCACAGAUUGAUCACAUUCGAGGUGCAGCUUUGCAAAUGCAAAGAGAACUACAGUGGUUUCAGGAGGUGGAGAGCCAUGCAUAUCCAAGGGAUCGGGAAUCUGUAAACCGAGAUAAUAUGACACCGCGAGAAGUAUUUAUGGAGAAUCACAAAGAAAUGGGAAAAGAGGCAGAAAAGUCAAUGAAGGAAACAUCAACUUCUUGUACAGUUGUAGGUGCUCUUAUUGUCACCAUAAUGUUUGCUGCAGCAUUCACAGUUCCAGGUGGAAAUGAUGAAAAUACAGGCCUUCCUAAAUUCUUAACUAAAAAGGUAUUCACAACAUUUAUAGUUUCAGAUGCAAUCUCGCUCUUUUCUUCAACAACUUCGGUUAUCAUGUUUCUAGGCAUUCUCACAUCACGUUAUUCUGAAGAUGAUUUCCGCAAAUCAUUGCCCACAAAAAUGAUAAUAGGCCUUUUCACCCUCUUCUUAUCUAUCGCCACCAUGAUGAUUGUCUUUUCUUGUGCCCUUUACAUUAUACUUGACGGGAAAUCAUCGACUGUUAUUCCAAUCAUUUUGCUUGCCAGCGUUCCAGUUGCCUCCUUCAUCUGGAUGCAAUUUCCGUUGCUUGUUGCAUUAUUCAUUUCUACUUUUGGACGGGGAAUAUUUGAUAAGAAACCAUAUAAAAAGUUGUUGAAUUCCAAUGUUAUCUUUACUUAAGUUUGGAUUUGCUACUUAUUAAGAAACUUGUAAAGAGAAUCCAAUGUAUAUGCUUUCUAUUAGUAUUUGGCCAAUUACGAAUGUGAU